AUGAACCACUCGCAGCUGCAGGAGCUGCUGCGCUCGCGCGUCGACGGCGUGCGCCUGUCCCAGGAGGUCGUCCGCGCUGGCGCGGAGCUGGACCUCAUCCGCGCGAACCACUUCCCGCCCUGGCCGGCGACGCUGCUGCGGCCGCGGCGCGCGUCGGCAGAGCCCGGCGACACCAUGACGUUCCAGUUUCGGCGCGGGUCGGCUCGGCCGGCGGAGCCUCCCGGACCCGCCCGAGGCCGACCGCGCGAGCGCGGACGCGGGGUUGCUGUCCGCGACGUGGCGGAGCUCGUCCCCCAUUCGUCUCCCGUGCUGCUGGCAACCUCCGACGCGUCGCUCCGGCCGGACUCCAAGGGCGCCGGCUCCGAGGUGACGGCCAGGCGCAAGUCGUCGACACAUCUGUCCGAGGCGCCGCCGUCGUCUGGGGCGUCGCGGCCGAGCUCGCAGAUGUCGCCCGAGGCGGCCAAGCUCUUCGAGAGGGUGCAGGAGCUCCAGCGCUUGCGGUCGCAGUGGUGGAGCAGGCGGCAGGGCCCAGGCGCCGUCGUGCGGCGCGCCCUGGCGUCCGAGGGGCUCGUGCUCGACCCCAACUCGAGCACCUACUUCCAGGCGGACAAGCCGCCCGCCGAGCUCUGCGAGGGGGGCUUCUUCGCGCAGGUGCACUCGUCCAUGACCGCGCUGUAG